CGAGCUGCGUAGGCGCGCCCGGAAGCGCCGGGGCUGGGAACAUGGCGGCGUCCGCGAGCGGCUUGGGCGGCGCGGCCCCGGGACCGGAUGCCGGGGACUUCCUGGCCAGGUAUCGCCAGGUGUCGAACAAGCUAAAAAAGCGGUUCCUGCGGAAGCCUAACGUGGCGGAGGCCGGCGAGCAGUUCGGACAACUGGGCCGAGAGCUGCGCGCCCAGGAGUGCCUGCCUUAUGCGGCCUGGUGCCAGCUGGCGGUUGCGCGCUGCCAUCAGGCGCUCUUCCACGGGCCCGGGGAAGCUCUGGCCCUCACCGAGGCCGCCCGCCUCUUCUUGCGGCAGGAACGCGACGCGCGCCAGCGCCUCGUCUGCCCCGCCGCCUACGGGGAGCCACUGCAGGCAGCUGCCAGCGCCCUGGGUGCCGCUGUGCGCCUGCACCUUGAGUUGGGCCAGCCGGCCGCCGCCGCCGCCCUCUGCCUGGAGCUGGCCGCCGCCCUGCGCGACCUGGGUCAGCCGGCCGCUGCCGCUGUCCACUUCCAGCGAGCCGCCCACCUGCAGCUGCCCCAGCUGCCCUUGGCUGCGCUGCACGCGCUCGGCGACGCCGCCUCCUGCCAGCUGUUGGCGCGCGACUACAAUGGCGCCUUGGCGCUCUUCACGCGCUUGCAACGCCUGGCGCAGGAGCACGGCAGCCACCCGGUGCAACCGCUGCCGCCGGUCCCGCCGCAGCCACAGCCUCAGGUACAGUCGCAGCCAUUAGGCCUCCAGCAAGGACUCGGCGCAUCCCCAGCCCUGCAGGCCGCGCUGCUCCCUCCGAAUGCGGGCUCUGCAGCCGCGCCCUCUCCCGCAGUACUGGGAGCCUUUUCAGACAUCCUGGUACGCUGCGAGGUGUCCCGCGUGUUACUGUUGCUGCUCCUGCAACCCCCGCCCGCCAAACUCCUCCCAGAGCAUGCCCACACCUUGGAGAAGUACUCCUGGGAGGCUUUCGACAGCCACGGGCAGGAGACCAGUGGCCAGCUUCCAGAGGAGCUCUUUCUGCUGCUUCAGUCCUUGGUCAUGGCUACCCACGAAAAGGACACAGAAGCUAUCAAAUCGCUGCAGGUGGAGAUGUGGCCACUGUUGAGUGCCGAGCAGAACCACCUCCUUCACCUUGUUCUGUGAGAAACCAUCUCCCCCUCAGGACGGGUUCCGAUUAAUCGUAUUAACCAAGUAGCUUUACCUGUUACCAACCUCACACAUCCACCUUUGCCUUUGGAGGGAAAUAAAAGACAUUGAUCCAAUGAUUCUACCUUUGUUUAGCUUAGUCCUCUUGCCACCACAGGAAUUUAGUUGACUGAAAAUUACUGUAUCCCAGAGACUUAUUUCCAUAAUAGUGGGAGAAUAAAUAAUAUAAUAGGAUCUGAAUAGAGCAAAUGGCCCUCUUCCCAAAAACUGCAACAUAAAAAUGAGAAUGCUUUAUCCCUUUCUUCUUCCACCCAAGUCGACUUGUCCCAUGCCCCUACCCCCAAAUCUUUGUUUCAUUUUCAGGAUUUUAUUUUGUACAGCUGUCUAAAUACUUAAGCUAUGUGAUUUUUUUUACCGUGGUUAAUUUCUUGGAGUGUUUCUAUAUCUAUGUGAUCACCCAGUUUCUCCUCUGUUUUAUCCAUCUCAUACGUAUGCAUGGUAUUCCAUACAUCGUUGCUACAGCCCUGAAUCCAUGAUAAAGCCAUUCUAAUAAUCCUGAUUGUGGUUUAUAUUUACUUCAUCUAUAACAUGGGAAUAACUUAGAUACUUGUCAGGAUGCAGAAAGCAGGAACAGAUAGUUCUCUUUCAAUUCCAAGAUGUAUUCAUUUAUUUAAAAUUGACAGUGUAACUUGUAUACAAUAUCCCAGACAAUGAGUCCACAGAGAUCAUUUACUUAAAUAGCUGCAAUGCAAAUGUGUCUGGUGCAAUCUUGGGUUGAGAGUGUGGUUGGAGGAAAAUGGAGGUCCAACACAAAUGUGUCAGGUAUGCAUUAGAAUUCACAUGUCUGAUUCUAUUCUGAGAGUACCCAUAACCUUUUAUUUGUAGUAGGAAUCUUUCUGUAACUCUUAUUUAACUCAACAAUGUGAAAUCACAGUU